GUUCUCUGCGAAAAUUUCCCUUUUUCUCAGACUCACAGCGCGUUGUAAUGGUGCCUCGACGUCGUCGUUUCAUCUUUCUCCUGCGUAUCAUCUUUCUCCUUUCUCCCCAUCCAACACACCAAAACUUCUCCCAUUCCUUCCAGUCGAUACCGCAGAAAAUCUGUCCACUUUACAACAUUUUUGACAUGGAGUUACAGAAAGGAGGAUAACAAGAAAUAAGCAAUGUUGGCCAUUCUAAGGUUUUGAAUGCUACGUUAUCAGUAAGUCUUACAGUCGAACAUCACAAUGGAGCAUCCAAAAUCGACCUCUGGGGUAGGGGAGGAUAAUAUUGGGAUUCCUGAUGAUUUGCGGUGUAAGAGGUCGGAUGGGAAACAAUGGAGAUGCACUGCUAUGUCCAUGCCCGAUAAAACAGUGUGUGAAAAGCACUACAUACAAGCUAAGAAGAGAGCUGCAAAUUCUGCAAUGAGAGCCAGUAUGAAAAAAGCAAAGCGAAAACCUUUAGGUGAAAGUGAGAUAUACUUGGAGAGUAAAAGUGAUGACAUGGAUUUACCACUCAAUAACCAGAGUAUGGGAGAUUUUUCUGGUUCAGUUUCUGGGAAGAAGAAUAAGGAAAAGAUAUCUAAAAGUCCAGUUGGUUAUUUUCCUGAAACAACUUCAAACAGGGCUUAUCCAGUUCGUGGUACUCUGAAGUCGAGUGAUGAUCUGCAAAGAGAUGCCUCACCAUAUGAAGAGAGCUUAAGAUCUUACAGGACACCUCCCCCUUCUUGUCUGGAGUCUUCCAAAAACAGAUCUCAGAAGAUGUUUGAUUCUAGCCCUAUGACAGAAAAUUCUGAAGGAAGCUCUGAUUCUUCUGAUAACACCGGUGGGCAACCUUGUCAUCAAUGUCGGCAGAAUGAUCACAGGGUUAUUUGGUGCCUUAAAUGUGAUAAAAGAGGAUACUGUGAAAGAUGCAUCUCAACUUGGUAUUCUGACAUCCCAAUGGAAGAUAUUCAGAGGAUGUGUCCUGCUUGUCGUAGUAUUUGUACUUGCAAAGUGUGUUUACGUGCAGAUAUUUUGAUAAAGGCCAGGAUAAGAGAUAUUCCUGCCCAAAAGAAGCUGCAAUACCUAUAUUCCCUUUUAUCUGCAGUUCUUCCUGUUGUUAAGCGCAUCCAUCACAAUCAAUGCUCUGAGGUGGAGUUGGAAAGAAAGCUCAGAGGAAAUGGGAUAGAUCUUGCAAGGAUGAAGUUAAAUUCCGACGAGCAGAUGUGCUGUAACUUCUGCAGGAUUCCAAUUAUUGAUUAUCAUCGACACUGCUCAAAUUGCUCAUAUGAUUUGUGCCUUAGCUGCUGCAAAGAUAUUAGAGAAGCUGCUAAAUUUUCCUCCAAGGAAGAUAUUGUGAACCGGAUUUCUGACCAGAUUGAUGGUGGAGAAAUGACUUUAGAGCCAGUGAAAUUAUCCAAUGUUCAAUUAGAAUUGUUUAAAAGGAUUUCUGAUUGGAAAGCCAAUAGUGAUGGCUCUAUACCGUGCCCUCCGAGAAAGUAUGGGGGCUGUGGCUCCUUGACUUUAGUUCUCAAGCGCAUCUUCAAGAUGAACUGGGUUGCAAAACUGGUAAAAAAUGUUGAAGAAAUGGUUGGUGGCUGUAAGCUAUGUGACACUAGCUAUGUAGAGGAACCUGACUCUGAACUCAGGCUAUGCAAGGCUGCACAUAGAGAGAAUGGCAAUGAUAAUUAUUUGUAUGAUCCAUACUCUGAAGAUAUUAAAACUGAAGGGAUUGAGAACUUCAGGAAGCACUGGAGCAUAGGCAAGCCUGUUAUUGUUAAGGAGGUUUUAAAUAUCUCAUCAACAUCAGUUUGGGAUCCCAUGUUUAUAUGGAGGGGAGUGCGGGAGACAGCGGAUGAGAAAACAAAAGAUGAAGAUAGAACUGUGAAGGCUAUUGACUGUUACAAUUGGACUGAGAUUGAUAUUCAUCUUGGUGAGUUCAUCAGGGGAUAUUCAGAGGGGAGAAUUUGCAAAAAUGGUUUGCCACAAAUGUUAAAAUUGAAGGAUUGGCCUUCUCCUAGUGCUUCAGAAGAAUUUUUGUUGUAUCAGAGACCUGAAAUAAUUAGUAAACUUCCUUUACUGGAGUUCAUCCACUCCAAGUGGGGUCUUCUAAAUGUUGCUGCCAAGCUGCCUCAUUAUUCACUUCAGAAUGAUGUUGGUCCUAAGAUCUUUAUGUCUUAUGGAUUGUAUGAAGAGCUUGGCAAAGGUGAUGCAGUGCACAACCUUCAUGUUAAUAUGCGUGAUAUGGUGUUCUUAUUGGUACAUACAAAUGAAGCCAAACUGAAAGGCUGGCAGAGGACUAAAUCAGAGAAGAUACCAAAGGCGUCUGCUGAAUACAAUGCAAAAGAAGCAUCUGAUGAUCCAAAAAAUAAUUUGAAUGGAGAAUUGCUCACAUUAUCACCCGCUGAACAGGAUAGGCUGGAUGAAAAUGAUGCUAAUAUGGAUUCAGAUGCUCCUGACAUGCUGGUGGACCAGGGGACAAGAACUUCUAGCAGCGACACAAAUGAUGCCAUUGAUGAAGACUUAAGUGGCACCGAUGUAAAGAAAUUUGAGCGUACACAUUCUGGAGCUCUUUGGGAUGUCUUUCGCCGACAGGAUAUACCAAAGCUUAUUGAGUAUUUAACAUGUCACAGAAAAGAAUUUGGAGAGCCUGAGAGCAUAAUAAAUGAUUCUGUUUCUAGUCCUCUUUAUGAUGGGAAGAUAUAUCUGAACAGACACCAUAAAGGAAAGCUAAAAGACAAAUUUGGAAUAGAGCCUUGGUCAUUUGAGCAACAUUUAGGGCAAGCUAUCUUUAUUCCUGCUGGCUGCCCUUUCCAAGUGAGGAAUCUUCAGUCAACAGUUCAGUUGGGCCUUGAUUUUCUCUCUCCAGAAAAUUUAGGGGAGGCUGCGAGAAUGGCCGAAGAAAUCCGUGGCCUUCCUAAUGACCAUGAAACCAAGCUUCAAAUGUUGGAGCAGGUGGAAAAGAUAUCACUCUAUGCAGCAAGUUCUGCCAUUAAAGAAGUUCAGAAACUGGUUUUGGAUCCAAAAACUGGCCCGGAGCUUGGAUUCGAGGACCCUAACUUGACUGCAUUUGUAUCAGAAAACCUGGAGGGAACAAUUAAGCGAAGGCAGGUUGCCUGUGUUUGAAGCACGAGUAUAUAUAAAUAUAUAUAUACACAAAGUUGUAUAUGUAGUUAUGUCGAUAACUAAUUUCUUGGCAUGUCCCUGAAUCCCUCGCGAUGUAUGAGGUACGAGUGCCCUUUUUUUUGCAUUGUAAUACUUUGAGGUGUAUACCCCCUCGAUUUUUUGUCUUAUACCCCUAUUCUUAAGACAAGUUAUAGUUACAGAAUAAAACUGGAAAAAAAAAAUUGAAUUUGUGUAUACAUUUCAUUCUGAGAUUAGUUGUAGAUUUACGGAAGUGAAUCGAAAAGCUUCUAGUUCCA